CAAAGUUUUCUUCAUAGAUUGUGUUAAGGUAAAGCACACGAAAAAAGAGGAGCUGAUCAGAAGGAUAAAAGCUGCUUUUAAUUUUAAUUUGCAGAUUUGUUGAAAAUGCCUUUCAAAAAGCCUCAUCAAACAGCAGACCAGGCUAGUAUUGUUAAGAAGAAUGAUGGGUCGUUCGAGAUAAAGCCAAAAGGACUCAACAUUAUCUGGGGAAAUGAUCUUCGCUACUGGAAAACUAUAACUGACAACGGCGCGGAGCUGAUACAAGUUUCAUGGUUGGAGGUAUCUGGUAAAGUAGGACCUGUAAAAGUGGGUGAAACAUAUGUUGUGAAAUUUGAUAUUGAAGUUAAGGAUACUGGUUUUGGUUGGGGAAACACAGAAGUACUUAUUAUGGCUAAAAUUGGUAAAAAAGGAUCAUAUAAAUAUAAGCCAGUUAAACUUGCUUGUGGUGACAAUGGAUACAUUCCAAAAGCAAAUGAAGAACAGCUUGAAAUUACUGUUACUGUGGGUGAAAAGGAUCUUGACCUUCAUUUUGGAUUGUAUGAAGUUUGGAGUGGAAAAUGGAAGGGUGGAUUGAUAAUCAAGAAAGCUGAGGUUACUAAGAAGUCUUAAAAUUAAUUACUACUUUUUUAUUAUUAUAUAUAUAUAUAUAUAUAUAUAUAUAUUGUUAUUGUUACUUGUUCAGUUUUUAUUGAAAAUAAUAGCUAGCAUAAUAUAUGCUGCGACUAUAUAUGAUAUGGUAUUGUAUGAUAUGAGUGAAUGAGUUCCUCUGAAAAGGGAACAAAAUAAAUGGGGUUUAUGACAUUAUUGCUAUUUGUAAUAAGUUAAAGGUCUUGUGUUGUAUGUUUAUUGUGUAAAAAAAAAAAAUUAUUGUAUGUUUAUGUUUUAUUUGUAAAA